AUGUUCAACUGGUCCAAGACAAUUGCUCGUACCGCUAAAACAACACUCGCUGGUAGCCGUGGACUUGCCACUUCUUCACUCAAUGAAGUUGUGAUUGUGUCUGCGGUCAGAACUCCAACUGGUUCUUUCCAAAAAUCACUCAAAAAGCUCAGUGCAACGCAGCUAGGUGCUGUUGCAAUCAAGGCUGCAGUUGAACGUGCAGGUCUUAAGAACAACCAAAUUGAGGAGGUUUUAAUGGGAAAUGUUGUUUCGGCUGGUGUUGGUCAGUCACCUGCCCGUCAAGCAGCACUGUUUGCAGGUCUUUCCGAGUCCACAGAAGCAACCACCAUAAAUAAAGUGUGUGCAUCUGGUCUUAAAGCCGUCCUGUUUGCAACCCAGUCACUUCAGUUGGGCAAUCGCCACACCAUGGUUGCUGGUGGUAUGGAAAGCAUGAGCAACGUUCCUUUUUAUUUUCCUCGUUCUGCGCAAUUUGGUCAUCAGCAAGCGUUGGAUGGUAUCAUCAAGGACGGUCUUUGGGAUGUGUACAACAACGUUCACAUGGGUAACUGUGCUGAAGAAACUGCACUCGAGUACAAAAUAUCACGCGAGGAACAAGAUGAGCAUGCUAUUUCGUCAUAUAAGCGUGCAGCAGAGGCAUGGAGAUCUGGCCGCAUGGACAAAGAAAUUGCACCUGUGACCAUCAAGGAUAAACGUGGCGACAAGAUUGUCAAGGAAGAUGAAGAAUACAAAAAUGUUGAUUUUUCAAAGGUUGCCAGCUUACGCCCAGCAUUCCAAAAGGAGGGAUCUGUCACUGCCGCAAACUCGUCCACCAUCAAUGAUGGUGCAUCUGCUAUUGCGCUCAUGACUCGGUCUCGUGCAGAUGAGCUUGGCAUCAAGCCUCUUGCCCGUAUCCUUGGAUACGGUGAUGCAGCCUGUUCACCAAAAAAGUUUACGAUUGCUCCAUCGUUGGCGAUUCCUAUUGCUUUGAAACAAGCCAAGCUAAGUCUCAGUGAUGUUGACCUGUUUGAAAUCAACGAGGCAUUCAGUGUUGUCAUUCGUGCCAACGAAAAGAUUAUGGGUCUUGAUCCAGCCAAGGUCAAUAUUGCUGGUGGUGGUGUUGCUCUUGGACAUCCCAUUGGUAGCUCAGGAUCACGUAUUGUUGUUUCACUUGUGCACUUGCUAACCAAGGGACAGAUUGGUGUUGCUGCAAUUUGCAAUGGCGGAGGAGCUGCUUCAUCGAUUGUGAUUGAACGCCUAUAAACACAAAUAACAUGUCUUGAUAUGAUGUGAUGUG